AUGCCGAACUUGACUCAACUACUGCCGCCGUCGCUGGCAAACUACGUCGACGCAACCAUCGGCCAACUGUCCGAAGCUCUCGCAGGAUCGAACGAGUUUCUUGCUGCCAAGGGCUUUUCACCUACCGUUCUAUACUCGACAUUAGCCUGCGCUGCGCUGGUCGUUCCCCUCGGCAUGUCUCGCUGGUCAUCAAGCCGUGAAGGGCUUUCGCCCUUUGCCUCGCAGAUGGGCGGUCAAGAUCCCGUCAUAACCGACGAAGACUUCAGCUACAUCACCUCGGAGGAUCUCGAGCAGUCGCUGCAAUCACCGGCCCGAACCUACGACCCCAAAGGCAAACAGCCGCCCGCUGAUGUCGAUAUCGAAGAUGACAUACUUUUGAUCAAGAGCAAGGGUGUCACAUAUCCGAAUAACUUCCCACCAUAUUCCAUUGGCGAAGGCAGACUCCUAGUGCAGGAUGUGCGGGAUCGAGUCGGCUUGGUCAUGGGGAUUAGCGAACGCCGAAGCCGCCGCGUCAAGAUGCUUUAUAAAGGCCGUCAUCUCAAGGACAGCGAUGCACCGAUCAACGGGUACGGCGUCAAGAACAAUAGCGAGAUUUUGAUUGUCAUACCCGAGGGCAAGCUAUCAGAUGACGACUCGAGCGAGUCUGUCGAGGAUGUCGUUACCGACCCCAACGGUGACCAGACAAAGAGCAAAAAGAAGCGCAACAAGCGCAAGAAGAAGGACCGCAGCCCCCGCGACAGUGCUGCCAACCUCGACGUACCGGGAUCCGGAGCAGAAGGUAGAAGAUCGUCUGCCGAAGAUUCAAGACAUCCGAGCCGAGUGCCAAGCCCUGCCGCUCAGUCUGGCCCAAUAGGCCAGCUGCAGACUAUUGGUUCACACUUCAGAACUAAGUUUGUACCACUCUGUGACGAGUUCUCGGCCAACCCGCCCAAGGACCGGAAGAAAUGCGAGGAUGAGCAUCGGAAGCUGAGUGAGACGAUCAUGCAGCAAAUCUUGCUCAAGCUAGACGAGGUGGAAACCGGAGGAGAUCCUGAGAUCAGAGCCAAGAGGAAGGAAUUGGUCAGCCAGGUGCAGGAUGUUCUCAAGGGGAUCGAUGAGCAUCUGCCCGAGGGUGUGACACGCCCAACAUAUUGA